UUUUGCAAGCUUAUGUAACUGGUAGCAAAUUAUUUAAAUAAUUUGAGCACGUUAUACUGAUUUUUGAUCUAAUGCCAUUCUAUUUGCUAGGUAAAUUUAGCUUUCAGAAUUUUAAAUGUUUAAGACCUACAAAAACUUAAUGAACAAAAAAUUUGCUAAUUUCAUUGCGAAUUUAAUACCUCAAAUUCCAACACAUCUGGAGAAGUAUAAAUGUUCAUAGGUACAAGUGCAGCAAUGUAACAAGAUAGCGACCAAAUUUCCAAUGUCAGGGCGAGGUUGAUUUCUACUUAUGUAUGAGACGAAUCCAGCGUAUCCAUCGUUCGUGAAGACUUACUUCGCAGUUGGAUGCUCAGUCUGUUUGUGUCGAUGCAACAAAACUGACACAGUUGGAGACGAGCUGUCGAUAAAGUGCAGUGCUUAUCUAUAAAUAUAUCCAGCGAGGCAAAUUGAGACUUGAUAUUUUUUCAGUCUCGUAUUUUUCUCAAUUCCAGAACAACUAAACUGUAGACUUUCAGUGUGAAAUACGUAUAAUUCAUGUUUUAUCUUUGUCAAAAAAGUGGAAACUUACAUACAAUUAUUUAAAGUAAAUAACACUUGGUUCGAUUUAAACACUUGAAUGUCAAGUUUACCCAGUUUCUGGGAGAAGUUUUCAUCUUUUGAAUGGAUUCAUGAAUGGAGUGACCUUGUUUUGUCGAUUUGUGUGAAUCAAUAACUAAAUUGCAACCCAUUCCCAGUCUUCCCGUGUGGACGUUAAUUUUAAGGGAUCAAGAAACAAUUAUUUUUUGAUCCGUAAAAAAACAGAGGAUGCAGGAUCCCUCUCACCGGUUAAGUAGUGAAAGCGAGUCAAAUUUUUUACCCAAUUUUGCCAAAAAUAUGUCAUUCAGUCGGAGGAGGAGGGAGCAUCUCUCCAGCGUGCAAAUCUCUCAGAUGGAGGUCGUGGGGACAACGAUGCUCUGCUUUCCCACGGAUCAUUCCUGGUUCCAAGGAAACAUUAAUACGGAGGACGACAGUUCCUACUCACUCUUCGGAGAUAGACUCACUUCACAGGAAAAUCUGGAUAUUAUACAAAGCAGUACCGAUUGUAAUUUCCUACAUGACGAUAACAACAAUACUGACGAGAAAGGAGAUGAGACCUUGGUUGUCAACGUGAAGAAUGAAGGGAUCACUUACAAGGUCACACUGACCGACCAUUUCACCGGACUGAAUUACAAUUUACCUGAAAUUCGAGUUCAUUUGGAUCCCAAGGCUGCCAAGUUUCUCACCUGCUCGCAAGAUGCACAGGUGGAUUUUAACGUGGAGGAAGUGUACCGUGGUCAAAAAGCGGACAUGAUGAUACAACGCCAACUGGGGUCAAGUUCGCUCUUGGGGAGAAAAUGUCUCGUUUAUUCGGGACCAAUUUCACUCAUUUUUAAUGAUACGAUCUCACUAGGAAAAAAUUGGUGUUUGUAAAUAAUUAGAAUUAAGGAAAAGGAAAGCCAAACUAUGCAAAUGUUGUUUAUAAAGUUGGAGUCAUGAUUUUGGAAGUAUUUUUAUUGAGAUGAAGUAUGACGUAAAUUAUUAUGUAUAACUGAUUCUUUACUGCAAUUGUAAGUAAAUAAUUGUUUAAAGGGGUGUAAUUUUACGCUAUCUUAAGUAUAAAAACCUUGACCAGACUGAUUACCAGGAGAACAUAACUUAGGUAUGUGCAUAAGUACUUUUUUAAAGUAUUGGAUAAUUCAGUCACUGAAUUUCAGUGUGAGACAAUUCUUGCAGGCCUUACUAAUAUUGCAAAUUCCUUAAAUUAUAUAAAUUUGCAAACCUUUACAUACAUAAUUUAACAUAUUUUUAAGGAAAAUUAGCUAACAAAUUUUUGCAAACUUACGCAGAUCAAGGGCAUCUUUUUAUUUUGUGGAAGUUCGCAAAAUUAUUUUACAAACUUACGGAUUUUGCGAGUUACCAAUGUCUGCGUGAAUUGCCUCAAUUUAUUGUAAUUGUGUACCGGAAGUAUCUAAGAAUACUGAAAUAGAGUAAUCUACAUAUUUGGCCUAAUGACUACGUAUUUUUGUGCGUAAUUAAGUCUUACAAGAUAGACCUAAUAUUUGUUUUGUUAACGUACAUCAGUAAAUACAUACAUAAUGUUAUGCAAUAUUUCCGAAGUAUUCUUUUGUUGUGUCUUCGAUUUUGUAUCCGGUGUAAAUAUUUCAGUAUCUGUUAAAUCCCAAUAAUGACCAAACGAUUAAAUUUAAGUAUGUAUUUAUAACAAAUAAAUUUUAAAAGGAAAAUUAUUAUUUGUAGUAUCAAAUUAUUACGAUAAUUGUCAUUAAUUACAUACUCUGUUAAAAAUCGCAAUUAUAAACCGACUAUAUUUAAAUAGAGACUCGAAAUGUAAUCGUAUCUAUUAGUACAUAAAUGUUCACUUUACUUUUUAAUCACGAUCACCACGAUCGGGAAUUACCAAAAUAACUCCGAAAAUCAAAUUUCAACUCAAAUAUAACAGUUGACAGUAUAAUUUCGCAAUCAUAAUUUUUCUCGAACACGAAACCAUUUCGCGAAACGUGUUCCUAAAUUUCCUUCCACAAUCGCAAAACACCACGUUCAAAGACGCCAACAUUUCAGCAAAAUGCUGUAUCAUUUUGGUAACUUGGGGGAUGGUAUGGUGCUUACUGCCACGACAAUUUUAGUGAUGGGAAUAUUUCCAGCAUUAUUUUGAUAAUUUUUUACGGUAGGAAGAUAUUGAAGUGAAGGAAGUACAUAUAUACAUACAGACAUAAGUAUUUUUAUUAAGAUGAAGUAUGUACAUAUAAUGUAAAUUAUUUUAAUUGAUUUCUUGCAGGUGACAGGAGUUUUAACUAUAUACAUACAUACAUAAUUCUUUAAAGGAGUGUAAUUUUACGUUGUAUAUAUUUUUAGAACACUGACUAGGAGGAGAGUAAGCUUUCAACCUGAAUGCAAAAAGUUAUUUAAUUCUCAUUAAUUUUAGUUGUAAUUUAAAGAAUCUAGUUUAAAUCUUCCCGAAAAUCUUACAAAUACCCAUAAAAACCCCAUAAGCAUUAUGGGUUUCUCGGAGAUUUGAUACCCCAAAAACCCACAAAAACCCGAAAGCGAACCCUAAUCAGAGUUUCUUCAUACAUUUGUAAAAUUAUUUUUUUCUCGUGACAAUUGGGAUUAAUUUUUAAUCGUUCCAAAAUUUGAUUGAUCAUUUCCUGAUCAUGAGAUAAUUCUUGUUUUAAUUCCGUUCAUAAUCUCGCAUUUCUCUCGGUGUCAAAUUGUCAAAUUUCUCGGGUCAAAUUGUUCACAAAAAUCAAUAUGCACCUGUGAUAAAUAUUUGUAAAACCGAUCGCUUAAAUUCUACCGAUAAGAAAUAUUUUUUAAUGACUAAUACGAACGUACGUAUAUAUGUAUCUGAUAUUAAAUAUGUUAUCAAGUCAUAUUUGCAUUAGGUAAAGGUCAUCUCUCGUAUAACUAAUUGGUACCAUAAUGGUAAUGCAUAUGGUCACUCAAGGCAAGUUAAUCUGGCUGCUCGAUUGUAGGUAGAUGACGAAUUUUGUCACCUUAUUAAUACACAUAAUUCAGAAUGAAGCGAAUCAAUAAUCAGACCACUUACCUUAUCGUGUCAAUCGAGAUGACCAAUGACGAGAAUUAUAUAUGUAAAUGAUGGAUAUGUACAUAUAUUCGUGGCCAAUUUUCAUCAAUCGCAUAAUUUUUUGUCUUCCUGAGAUAGACUUUUACCCAGUCCCGACUUCUUUCUUGUCGGAAAAGUUUUGUCAAAAAGUGUCCAGAGGUUUCUUUACAAUGGGGAACUAUUGGCUGAAAGUGGUCAUUUUGGUGGGUUUCAUUUGUUCCGUGAGUGGGCGCAUGGCCGUGGAAGCUGACCAGGUUCACAUUCCGGAGGAAAUCGUACGAUUGGGAGGUGCACUCACAGCCAGAGCUGUUUCGUGGCUGGUUCUCCACCGCCUGCAGACCAGAAAUUUCAGACUUGAAGACCUGCGGAGUGAUAAGCACGAGGGCAGAAUCGCCUUCACCUUGCCCAUCCCACUGCCCCCGCUCCCAGAUCCCAUCAGCAUCGCCACCCUUGAGCUCCCACUAAACUUAUCCGGUGAAGGUUUCGCCCUUGAGGGAUUGAUUGCGGCAUGCGAACCGCAAAUAGUCGGACUUGCUGGAAUGAGUGACGAUUUGGUCGUGGUAUACGACACGGUGUCGAAAACUGCAACCAUCGAUAUGACGUUGGGAUUACCAACUCGAUCUCGCUGGACAGCAUGAACUACAUGAUGGAUUUGUUGAUGAAAUAUACUGAAGGGACGAAUGAGCGAGAAAUGACCUUCGCCGGGACUGGGGGGUCAUCCCUCGGACUGUCGGCAUUCUUUUUAACCCUGGAAGGACGAGGACAGGUGCCCAUCACGAGCGGGGAGUACAUGUCGUUUGACCACCUCGACUUUGACCUGGGUUUCGACAGGGUAAUUCUGGACUUUGAAAAUUUUCUGAUCAAUAACCAACCUAUGCCCUUGGACAAUGUGGCUCGUAUAAUCAAAAAUUUAUUCGACACUCUUUGGAGGACGGGUAGGGAAGGAAUUGUCGAAUCCACGAGAUGCUUAAUUGAUCAUGCCAUUAAUGAGUGCACACCAUUGGACUUAAUUAGCGGAAUUUAUGAUUGUUUAAAACUUCUUCCAUUGCAUCCUCCCUGCUUCGGAAGUAAUGGAGCAGAUUUGGUCGCCAGUAUGGAGGCGCUAACUCCGAGACCACCUUCGCUCAGUUACUGCGUGCCAGACAUUGAAUCAACAACGACUGAAGCUCCUGAAACUCCUGAGGUCACGACCCCAACAACUCCAGAGGUCACGACCCCAACAACGCCAGAGGUCACGACCCCAACAACUCCAGAGGUCACGACCCCAACAACUCCCGAGGUCACGACUCCAACAACUCCCGAGGUCACGACUCAAACAACUCCCGAGGUCACGACCCCAACAACUCCCGAGGUCACGACCCCAACAACUCCCGAGGUCACGACCCCAACAACUCCAGAGGUCACGACCCCAACAACUCCCGAGGUCACGACUCCAACAACUCCCGAGGUCACGACUCCAACAACUCCCGAGGUCACGACUCCAACAACUCCCGAGGUCACGACUCAAACAACUCCCGAGGUCACGACUCAAACAACUCCCGAGGUCACGACUCCAACAACUCCCGAGGUCACGACCCCAACAACUCCCGAGGUCACGACCCCAACAACUCCCGAGGUCACGACCCCUACAACUCCCGCGGUCACGAGCCCAGAGGUAACAACUCCGACGGGAACGACCGUAACGACCCCAGAUAGUGGUGCCGGCGUGGUCACAUCCUGUGGACUUUUAGGACUCGUCAUCACUGCUUUCAUUGUCACUUUUACUGCAUGAGAACAUCAUUUUAAUAAAAAUAUGAUGCACAGUCUACGUUUACUUUUGCGGUCGCUGCUUAAAAAUAGAGAUAAACGCAAUCUUGAUUAUGACUAAUGAUUGAUUAACCCAUUAUUACAAAAAUCAAACCAUCCAUCGUUUCUUGAAUCAACUCUUACAUCGUCGCGAUGUAUGAAUUGUUACGCAACAUUUUUAAAGGCACUGUUUUUAUGCAAAUGCACGCAUGCAAACGGGAGCCACCUCUAAAAAUAUUACACCUGUAAGCAAUGCUUAAUACCUAUUUAUUUUUAAAUAACUCAUAUUGUGAUAAGCUUAUUUCACCCAUGAACUGUAGUCAUGCUUUCUUUCACGUGCUUAAGUAGUCAUAUGGUGAAGUAAAUAUUUAAUGUGUCAACUUUACAUUGUCACUCCUAUGCGAUGCAAUAUUUCCUAUUUCCUAAGUAUGCUUUUGUCUCUUUGAUUUUGACUCCGGUUUAAUUGCAUACAAAUUUUGCGAUCUUUAACAUGACCAACAAUGACAAAUGGGCUAAAUUUAAUUGCGUAUGUAUGUAUAUACAUGCAUACGUUGAUAUUUACAACAAAAAAAAUUCUAAAAUUACCAUAGAUGCGCGGACACUGGGUAUCGUCCACAGUGUCGGUGUCAAGAAUUUUUUUGAGUGUCAGUGGACACUGUGUCAGUGUCACUUAUUGUGGUCGAGUGUCGGUGGACACAGUGUCGGUGUCAGUGGACAAAGUGUCAGUGCCACUGAUUGUGUUCGAGUGUCACAGGACACAGUGCCCAUAUAUAUAUGGGUGUACGACACUGGGUGUCGUCCACAGUGUCAGUGUCAGCCACUGACACUGAGUGUCGGUGGACACAGUGUCAGUGUCGCUCACUGUGGUCGGGUGUCGGUGGACAAAGUGUCAGUGCCACCGAUUUUGUCUGAGUGUCAGUGGACAAAGUGUCAGUGUCUCGCUCAGACGCGCAUCUAUGAAAAUUACUAUAAAUUAGACUUGUUUCAGAGCACUAAAUUAUUUUUAGGGUAUUCAAAAUUGUAUCCGUAUCCUUAUAACUAUAGUGUCUUAAAAUAGUUUGUCAAGGAAAAACACGGGGUCAAGCUUCGUAAAAAUCGUUACAUUAGUAACGACGUUUACAAAAUAUCGUAACCGUCGUAACUUAUUUUAUUUACGAUAUGAAGAAUACGAAAGAAUCAUAAAUACCCUCAACAAUAAUUAAAUAAAUUUAAUUAUUUAUACCAUUGUAAUUAAGCUCGCUUAUUUAGAUACAUAUGUACAUAAGGAAAUACCUCGUCAAAUCUAAUUUUAGCUCGAAAGAUCACAUUACAAUUUAGCAAUCAUCAUUUUUCUCCGACAUGAAACCAUUUCGCGAAACGUAUUCCUAAAUUUCCUCCCCCAAACGCAGCAAAACACUACGUUUAA